AUGGAUUCCCGGUCGGUGAGCAAUUUCGAGCUGAAAGCCAUCAAUGCCUGGGACAAGCGUAACUUUACGCGCGGCAUCAAGAGUUUGUUUUUGGAGUACUGCUCCAACAGUACGGUGCACGGGAUCAAGUACUUUGGCUGCAAGCGACGAACCCUGUUCGAGAAGAUUUGGUGGAUCGCAACGUUCCUGCUGUCGGUGUACGGAUGUGGCCGAUUGAUCCAAAACAUCUACCGCAAAUGGGAACAGACGCCGGUGAUUGUGAGCUUCGCGGAGAAGUCUACACCGGUGUGGCAGAUCCCGUUUCCGGCCAUUACGAUCUGUCCGGAAACGAAGGCACGCAGCGAGUACCUUAACUUCACCCAGGUAUACUUUCAGAUGAACGAUACCUACCGGGAGGAAAUGGCCAACGAAACUUACGAUCGGUUCCGUGCGGUGGCACAGGCCUGCGAUGCUCACAUUCUUAAAGGUGUCAGUCUGAAUCAAACAACCGAUCCGAACUGUGUCGAUCUGUUGCGAAACGUAUCGAUGCCCUUAGAGACGGCACUGUUCUUCUGCAAAUGGCGUAAUGAUGCAGGACUUUGCAGUGAAUUCUUCACCGAAACCAUAACCGACGAAGGCAUCUGUUUCACGUUCAACUCACAGUCCGCGGAGGAGAUGUUGCGGCUCGACGAGCUUCACAGUGACUAUGAGUACAUAUCGGAGAAAAGACAAUCACCGCUGUGGUCGCUGGAAGAAGGUUACGCGGAAAAUACGGAUCUGGACACCUAUCCGGUGCGAGUGCUGGGGGCUGGCGCUAGAGCUGGGCUUUACGUGCUGUUGAAUCUGUACGAGCGAGAUACGGACUUUAUCUGUCGCGGACCCGUACAAGGAUUUAAGAUAUUGCUUCAUACCUCCAGCGAAUAUCCGCAAGUUUCUAAACAGUACUAUCGGGUGCCGCUCCAUCAGGAAGUUAUUAUAUCGGUCAAACCACAGAUGAUUACUACCUCCGAUGGAUUGCGCGACUACACUCCGGAACGCCGGCAGUGCUUCUUUAACCACGAGCGCCAUCUGAAGUACUUCAAGGUGUACACACAACAAAACUGUGAGCUAGAAUGCACCACCAACUACACACUGCACCGUUGCGGUUGUGUCAAGUUCUCGAUGCCACGGGACGAUCGUACGGAAGUUUGUGGUGCAAGCAAAAUCGAAUGCUACAACGAUGCAGAAGACGAACUGCUGGAGGAAGAUGUAAAGUUCAUUGUGGACAAAUCACGCGACUAUCGAGCAAAGUGUAACUGUCUGCCAGCUUGUACCUCAGUGCAGUAUGAUGCAGAAAUUUCGCAAGCCGAUCUCGACUGGAAGAGUCUUUUUGCUGCGUACCGACAGUCGCUCGGUGAGCAGGAUGGAGCCCAGUUUGCGCGGCUAACGAUCUACUUCAAGGAGGCGCAGUUUAUUACGUCCAAGCGGAGCGAGCUGUACGGUGUGACUGAUUUUUUGGCCAAUUGUGGUGGUUUGCUAGGGCUGUUUAUGGGCGUUAGUUUGCUGAGUCUUGCGGAAUUGAUCUACUUCUGCUCGAUAAGGCCGUUCACCAUACUGCGUGCGUAUCGGGCCAAGAGGCGUGAGUCGAAUGUUUUCUUCCAGCCACCGCCAAUCAUAGAAAAACCUAAGGAGUUUUAA